AUGAGGAUAUUUGGAAGAGCAGACAACUCGCCUCCUACUCACACAGAUUCCUGCUACUGCUACUGCUACUGCUACUGCUACUGCUACUGCUACUGCUACUGCUACUGCUACUGCUACUGCUCCAUCUUCAACUUCAACUUCAACUUCAACUUCAACUUCAACUUCUACACCCGAGCAAACAUCAUCUCAUCAUGGGAAACCACCCCGACCAGCUCUGCCAGAAGCCCAAAGACAAAGGUGCCGACAAGGCCAAGGGUGUCGACAAGGCCAAGGGUGUCGACAAGGCCAAAGAUGUCGACAAGGCCAAAGAUGUCGACAGGGCCAAAAGUGUCGACCAUCAAAGCGGGAAGCCCUCUCUUAGAAACCAAAUUCCAACGCACCGCCCCAUAUCCCGAAUGGAUCAGUGUCGUCUUCUAUCUGAAGGAACCCGUGGACGCUGUUGAACUUGUCAAGGACAUAAAGAGAUCUGCCGGACUCCCCAACGACGUCCGCUACUGCCUCAGAGUGUCGAUUGUCACCGACCCGAAGUGGCCCCCGUGGAAAAAGUCGCACCUGCUUCCUCACUACCACCUGCUGAUGAAUGUCGAGAACAGCGGCGAAUACGGGCCAAAACUAGAAACUUUGUUUUCGGGACCUACCUCGUUUGCCGGUGCGAACAUACUGCCCUCCGGUUGUAGCCCCGUACCUUCCUACGACCGGUCAGAAUUGGGCGGCCGCAAAUUCCUUUCGGGAAUGGUCCAAUAUGGUGAACCGAGCAGGGCAAGCUCUGAUUCUUGGGUGGAACUUCAAGGAGUCAGAGCCUGGUGGAAAGAAUAUGGACAGGCCGGGUCCAGGCAAACAAGAGCCGAGUACGAGGUUACAUGGUUUGGAAACAAGCGCCUUGUUGACAAACUGGAGAAGAUUAUGGGUGCCAAAGUUUUCAACGACCCAAAAAAUAAGGAUGGCUAUCUUUCGGUUCAAUUACAGGACAGUUUUACAAGAAAUCAAUAUGCCUAUAGGUGA